AAGCUAGCCACCACCCCUCUGAUUGCCUAUCCAGGCGGUUCAGAGUUCGUGGCAUCUUUCCAGAGAGCUGUCGUGUGAGUGCUUCAUACAUAAUUCGGCGCAAGACGCCGACGUUCCGAUUGUGUUAGAAGUCAUGGCGAGGCGCUAACGUGGUCACAUACACCACAGUACGUACGGCGACGCCUCGCGCGAUCAUGACAACGACUCAUGGAGUUUACAUUACUGAGAUACAGGAUCCAGAAUUCGCGUGCAAGGACAAGCGACGACGGCAGCGGGUCGUUCCCGUGGCACCGUACGGCGGCUGGAGGCAUGGCGGAGCGGGGACGGACGGCAGGCGACCCGCCCGGCUCCCCUUCCCGCCGGUGGGAGGGCUCCUCUGUGCAGGUGUUGGACCCCGCCGAUAGGGCCGUCAUCAGGAUAGCAGAUGAGCGAGAUCAAGUUCAGAAGAAAACUUUUACAAAAUGGGUGAACAAGCACCUCACAAAGGUGCGGAGGAAUGUGGAAGACUUGUACAUGGACCUACGGGAUGGCCACAACCUCAUCUCCCUCCUGGAGGUGCUGUCUGGAGAGACUCUGCCCAGAGAAAAAGGUCACAUGCGUUUCCACCGACUGCAGAACUGUCAGAUAGCACUAGACUUUCUCAAGUACAAGCAUAUCAAACUGGUGAACAUCAGGAACAUCGACAUCGCAGAUGGCAACCCCAAGCUGACCCUCGGCCUCAUUUGGACCAUCAUCCUCCACUUUCAGAUUUCGGACAUUAUCGUGCCUGGCCAACCGGAGGAUGUGAGUGCAAAGGAAGCGCUGUUGAUGUGGUCUCAGCGAACCCUGGAAGGUUAUCCGGGCGUCUCCGUCACAAACUUCAGCAAGAGCUGGAGAGAUGGGCUAGCUUUCAGUGCAAUCAUCCAUAGACAUAGACCUGAUUUAAUAGAUUACAAGUCCCUUAAGAAGAAAAGCAACAAGCAGAAUCUAGAGAAUGCCUUCACCCUCGCAGAGAAAGAGUUUGGAGUCACGAGACUUUUAGAUCCUGAAGAUGUAGAUGUGCCAUCCCCUGAUGAGAAGUCCAUCAUCACCUACGUGUCUUCUCUGUACGAUGUCUUCCCAGAGGUGCCUGACAUUGAACAGUCCCUACAGGACAAUGAGCAGGCCUUACAGUUCCAGGAUUACAACGACCGUGCCAGCAGCCUGCUACAAUGGUUACGGAACACCACCGCUAAGAUGGAGGAUAGAAACUUACCCAAGAUGCCUGACAGACUCAAGACACAGCUUGCUGAGCUGAACAGACUACGGAUAGAAGUCCUGCCAGCAAAAGCCGGGGAGAAAGAACAGCUGUCAGGGCUGCAUGACUACCUAGAGAAUAUCUCCAUUGCCAGCCGUAAGUUUGAGGUUCCGGAAGACUUGAGCACAGAGAAGAUUCAGCAUGCCUGGGACUGCCUCAACCUGGCCAUACAGGACAGGGAGAAGGACUUGUUACAAGAAAUAGAAAAGUUUGAGAGAUUACGAGGGGUUGCAGAGAAGGUCCAGAAGGAAAGCAAACGGUGUGAGAACAUCCUGAACACUGCAGAGGGCAGGCUAAGAGAGCAAAUAAGAAUGGAAGUUGCCAUCAAGUUUCGCUACAAGGUUGACAGCAGCCAGCUGAGCCAUGCAGAUGCCAAACAGGUGUUUGCGGAGGUGGAGCAGCAGCUGCAGACGUGUGAAGGCUGCAUCAAGGAGAUGUUCACCGACGUGCAGACUCUGAGGGAAGGAGGAUACCCACAGGCAGACCCUCUCCAAAAGAAGGUGUUCCUUCUGCAUGAGAGGUGGGUCCACCUGAAGAACUCCCUGCAGACCAGCAGCCAGUCCAGGAGAUUUGGGGAGGGGCCGGCACAGCUCAGGUCCCCCACCGGCAUGAGUCUGUCGGAGGUGGGGGAGGAGGGCAGACUGCUGCAGGAGUGUCUGAGCUGGGUACAGAACAAACAGUCGAUUCUGGAAAGUGGCGAGUAUGGCAGUGACCUCCCCAGUGUACAAAGACUUUUAGAAGAACACAGAGAACAGCACAGAGUCAUCACUGAGUUCAAGGCCAAGGUGGACCAGUGCAUAGCUAACAAGUCCAAGCUCAUGGGGCCCAAGUACCAUGUCUACUGUGAACAGCUGUCCAAGCUCGAACAGGCAUACUCCACUCUCACGGACACAUCACAGAAGCGGCUGCAGUACCUGGAGUCCCUGCUAGAGUUCAUCCGCCAGGCAACCCUGGAGCUGAUGUGGCUGAACGAGCGGGAGGAGUUGGAGCUGGCGCGGGAGUGGGACGACAGACCGGUCAACAUCACCGAGCUGGACCAGCACUACGAGGUACAAGCACAUGUGACAAAGACAGACUACCUGCGACAAAGCCACCUGUCUUUCUUGUAUAGAAAACUAGUGACCAAAGAAAAGACUCAAGCACAGGUAUUGAUGCAAGAACUGGAAACCAGAGAGGCUCAGUUCAACUCCCUACAGGAGAGAGGAGAGGCCCUGGCUCUGGCCAAUCACCCUGCUGCUAAAUCUAUAGAGGCUUACAUGGCAGCUAUGCAGACCCAGUGGGCGUGGCUCCUGCAGCUGACAUCUUGUCUGGAGCAGCACACCAAGCACACUGCCAAGUACCAGCAGUUCUUUGCUGAGGGCAGAGAUGUUGAGUCCUGGCUGAAGGAGCAGGCAGACCUGCUGAACACCAAGUACAACAGGACAGACCUGCCACUCAACGAGGCGGAGGAUCUACUGCAGGAAAUCUUUGAGAUGAAGGAAAGUCUGGUGGAGUUUAAGGACCACAUCAGUUCCGUGGCCACCAACAGUAAGCAGGUUCUUCCUCUCAACCAGAGGCGGCAGAAAAACACCUCCAACAUCACUGUGAAGGCAGUGUCUUCAUACAGGCAGAUAGAUCUUUCCUUGAAAGAGGGAGAUGAGUGCAUUCUUGUAGACAACAGUCAGAAGACCAAAUGGCAAGUCAUCACCCCCACCGGAGAGGAGGCUUUUGUCCCCUCUGUAGUGUUCAUGAUCCCACCUCCCUGCUCUGAAGCUAUGGACUAUGCAGAAAGACUGGAGGUUCAGUACCAGGAGCUCCUGUCCUUGUGGAAGACACGUCACCUGGCCCUGAAGCACACGGUGUCUGCCCAGCAGAUCUCACAGAGGGUCCAGGCCAUCAAGAACAUGAGUCUGGAACAGUUCUCCCUGCUGGACCCAUCAGAGCGGGAUGAGAUGCUGAAGUCUCUGCUGGAGGACCUGGAGCAGCUGGAGAGGGAGAACCAGGAGUCUGGCACGGUGGACCCCGCCCUGCUGGCUCAGCUCCGGGCUGAUGUGGAGGCCUGUCAGAGGAGGUUCCAGGACAUGGCUGCACAGGCUGGGAAAGAAGCUGUAAUGGCAGAGAAGGUGGACGAACAGGCUCGGCAGCUCAGCUCGCAGGUUGGUUCCUUCGUGCAGACACUGGACACGGCCGAGCAGAAGCUGAUGAUCAGGAUCCACACGCCCCUGCCCAGGGACAUCCCAGGGGUCGAGGACGUGGUGCAGGAGUCACAGGAGUUUGUUGACACCCUGAAUGUCCAGUCCACCCAGUACAAGCAGCUGCGCUCGUCCUCCGAGGAUCUGCUCCGGACGGGGAAGCAGUCGGAGUCGCUGGACCGGCUCAAGUCUCAGGUCACCAUCAUGGUCCAGAAAUGGGACCGAGUCUGGAACCUGUCCCACAUCUACCUGGACAAGACAAAGACUGUGCUGGUUGUGAUGAAGUCCAUGGAGGACACAGACAAGUUUGUGUCGAUCCAUGAGGUCACCCUGUCUGCUGCUCCAGGUCUGCCCUGUGAACCUCCAGCAAUAGGCAAGCAGAAGUCAGACCUCCAGGAAACACAAAGGGAAACAAUCUCCCUUCAGCCCAAGCUGGAGCAGCUCAGACUGGACAUAGUGAAUGUGAAGGACUCGGCCACACAGAUGACCCCUGACCGGGAGGACCCAGAUGCUGCCCGGGUGGAGGAGGAUGUGGAUGACAUGAGGAAGAGAUGGCAGACUGUCCUGCAGCAGACUGAGGACAGAUUGGAUCGCAUCAACACAGCCGCCAACACCAUGGACAGCUACCAGCGGGCGUGGCUGCGGGAGACGCGCUGGUUGGCUGAGAUGGAGCGGAGACUGGCGGAGCAGGAAGCCAUGCCCUCUGACCCACGCAUGCUCAUGCAGAGGUUGAAUGCCACCAAGGACCUGGUGAAUGAGCUAGACCAGCACCAGCCGGCUGUAGAGGAGACCACAAGGCUGGGAGAACAGUUCAUCCAACAGGCCCAGGACUAUGACAGCCAGCUUGAGCAGUACCGCUCCAGCCUGAACUCUGACCUCAGCGACGCUGCCAAGAAGCCAAAGAUCCAAUGCAGCGCAGACAUCGUGGGACAGCAACUAGAUGACCUCAAUAGGCGAUACCGUGACCUUGUUGCCAAGACAACACGUAACCUCCAACUAAUGAACUCAUCCCUUGCUGCUGAAGAGAAACAGGUUGUAAUGGCAGGAAUCUUGCAGGAGAUGGAUGCCUUAUUUGACAUGGAUCUGGAUGUAGACAGUGUGCAGGAGGAACCUUUGAUUGUGCCCGAGAAAGCUAUCCUGGCUUAUCAUGCUUUUGUACCUAAUGCUCGGCCACCUAAAGGCACUGUGGACUUGUCUGAACUCCUCCCACCAUUCGAACUUGAGGUUGGGAAGAAAAGCAUGGGACCUGUAGUCGAUGAGGAGCUCAUAGUUCCCCAGACGGCUCCGACCAGUUACCAUGCUUUUAUGGCUUCACUGGGGGAGCGGCUAAAGCAAUCGUUGAUGGACGCGGCAGGCAAGCCCACAGCUAGAGCCACUGCCGAGGAGCUUGGAAAGCUGCUGGAUUGGGUUGGAGUGGUCGACAAGAAACUGACUAAGCAACCAGGUGUGGAAGGAAACAACCAACAGCUGCAGCAGAUGCUUAAAGAACAACAGGCACUCGGCGAGGACAUCGUUGCCCAUCAGGAACCCGUAGUCAACACAGUCACGACCGGCAGGCAGCUCCUGUCCGAGCACCCCGCCCUCGGCAAGGCUGACAAGCAGAGCCUGGAAGGAGGACUGAACAAGGUCGAGAAGGGCUACGAGGCGGUCUGCGACAAGUCCGCCGCUCGGAUGGAUGAGCUGCAGUCUGCAUUGCAGCAACAACAGGACAAAAAGGCCAAGCCAACCGGUUUAGCUGCCGAAAGUAGGCAGGCAAGAAUAGAAGAGCCCCAAGCUGUAGCUACGAAUAGCCCUGCAGCUCAAGCUAGAGUUAGCCCAGCAACGCAAGCGUCAAGACCCAGCAAAGCUAGUCUAAGCACCGCAGUGCAGCCAGUAGCUAACCUGGCAGCCAAGAAUAGAGAUAACCGUGCCGCAAAACUAACAGAUAACGUAGUCGCACCGCUUGCAGUAGACAAAGCUCAAGGUAGUGAAGAAGUGACCCCUCAAGUUUACACAGUAGUGGAGAUUUCCCCUGUUGCUACUGCCAAUGAAGACAUAACCCCUACAGAGAGUGACUCGUCCCCAUCAGAAUCAGCUGUAAGAUAUAGUGACACUCCCUCCGACUCUCUUGAGGCAGGGGAACCACUAUCAGAACAGGACAGCUUGUUUGAGGAAGAUAGCCUCUCUGUUAAAGAUAGCCUGUCUGAACAGGAGGAAGAUGUAGAUGAGGGUUCAGAAGGAGAGUCCACCCUUGUGUGGCAGGACAGCCCUAUUGCUAGUCUCCAACCUUCAGAUCUUGAACCCAAAAAGGCGAUGGAGGAAAAUGUAACAGACAAGCCCCCAGCACUCCCGCCUAAAAUGUCUAAAAUACGAGGUCCUUCCCAACCUCCAGCCCAGCCAGUUGUUGAUGUAGAGAAGACACCUGUGAAAGAACAGAGCCAAAGUUAUAAACCCGAUCUUCCUAAAAAAGUAGCAAGAGAGUUACCUCCCUCCAAGGUCAAGCAAGCCCAUUCCACAGUAGAGAAAGAUGUCAGAGUAGAAAGCCCAGCUUCAGGUAUUCAGGAAGGCAACUUAGAUGUUAGAAUGAGAGAAAGAGAGUCCCAGAGAAAGUCCCCCAAACCUAUAUCAGCAGAGAAAGUGUCGUCAGAUAGCCCCAUCCCUGAGUCCAGUAAACAGGGCAUGAGAGAAAGCCUCGUACAGGCGCUAGCAGCAGGUGAGCAUUCCCAGGCCAAACGGCAGCAGCACGAAGUGACCAGCCAGGUAACACCCAAUGGUAGACCCGACACUGAAUCGUCUCAAGGUUCAGUCCCUCCAAGCCAGGUAACGCCUAGUCAUAGACCCAACACAGAAUCACCACAACAUGCAGUUCCUCCCGCACAGGUAACCCCUGAUCCCAGUUCCCCCAGCACAAAAUCACGUGAAAGUUCUCUCCCUCCCACACAGGCACCAGAAACCCAGUCACACCUAGACAUUCCAGAACCUUCACUUGCCCCGGACACACAGCCCGACACAGGCAACGUAGAGACACAGUCGCCAUAUGACAUAGACAUUGAUCCAGAAAUGAUCUUUGAGGCCUUGGAAAGAGGUCUAAUUAACGAGCCAACAGCCAUCAAAAUACUGGAAACCCAAGUACGGGCAGGUGGAAUCGUGGACCCAAACACUGCAGAGAAACUGUCCGUGGAAGAAGCCCAGAAAAGAGAGCUUGUUACCUCAGAGAUGGCAGAAAAGUUGAUGGAAGCAGAGCAAUCUAGAAAGGCAACUGAAGAGUCAGACAGAGUUGAGACGCAGAGAAGUAUAGAGACUGUAGUAUCUACCUCAGAGAAUGUAGAAGGAAUGCAGGUAAUCACUACAACUGUUGUUGAGACACAUACCGUCUCUUUAGGUGUGGAUGAGCUUGAGGCUGUACGGGGAAUGUAUACAAAAAAGGGAGAGGGAGAGGACCAAAGUAAUGUAGCGAAAGUAGAAAGGGAGAAAAGUGAUGUAGAUAUUGAAGGGAAGGGAACUGAUAAAAUAGCUAAGCCGAGGGAAAGGGGAGCAGUGAAAGAGGUGCUUCGUAAGCCCACAGAACGACAGAUGGGAAGGAGAGCAGAGAGGAAACUGAGGGAACAGAAACUGGGUGAAGACCAAGACAUUCCAGGACAAAGUCCAGCUACGGCAGCAGAGUCAACAGCCAGCGACUCUUCAUCAGGACCUUCAUCAAGAUCAUCCUCCACAUCAUCAACAUCAUCUUCUCCUGAUGAGCAGGAGAUGGAUCUCACCAGAGUGGGCCGUGAUGAUGCCAACAUCUUUGAGGAAAUCUUUGAAGAGGCCUGUGAGGAUGGCGACGUCUACCAUGAAGACUCAGAUGAAGCAGAGAUUUCACCAAGACCAGAGCUGGAAAUCCUUGAGGAGGACGACCCAAAAAGAAGAUCUUCCAAGAGGACGAGAUCCACAGCAAAAGACAAACCAAGGGGACCACAAACCGCUGCUGAACCUGUAAAAGCUGCCUCAAAGACCCAUGAAAAAACUCUACCUGGGACAGAAAAACCUCCACACCAGCAAGAAGCUCACGAAAAAGAAAAGGCUCCCCAAAAGAGCCUUGAAGAUACCGCCAUGACAAUUGAAAAAGCUGCCAGACAGUCACAGGCAGAAGCUGUACCUGGGACAAAACAGGUUUCCAAUGCUGCUGUAACUGGUACAACAACUGUUAAGAUCAGUGAAAAUGGCCAACGUACCACUACAACAGCAAUGAAGACUACAACUUCCCAGGGUUUUGUUAGCCAUUCAUUUGAGGCAAGCUCAGUUGAACACCAGUUUUCCAGUACAGAGGUGUCACGUUCAAUGAAAACCACAGUUAUCACAUCACAAGUUAUGGAAGGGUCCAUUCCAGUUGAUGGCAGUGGUGACAAUGAACAGACCUCUGCGACAGAGCUCAUAGACUCCAUCAUGACAGACCUGGAAGAUGCCACAAGUCCGACUGGUAGUCUCGACAGAAGUAAGAUUGAUGGUUACAAAAAACAACAAGAAAUAGUUCAGGCUGCAGAUUUAGAAGCUGCUGUUAAAGACCUUGAGGAUCAAGUCACACAUGGAGGUAUUGUAGACCCGCAAACUGGUAACAGAAUCUCUGUGGUGGAAGCUGCAGAUAAAGGCUUAGUAGAUCCAGAAGCCUCAAUGAAGCUGCUCGAAAAUCAAGCUGCUACAGGUGGCAUUGUCGAUAUGAGAACUGGAGAGAGAUUCUCUAUUGCUGCAGCUCGCAUCUCUGGUAUCCUAGAUGAGGACACUGCCCUAAGUUUACUAGAAGCACAGGCUUUGACGGGAGGGUUGAUCGAGCCCAAAACAGGGAACAGACUGACAUUCCUGGAAGCUCUUGCAGAUGACCUUCUGAACAUUCAGGCCAAGAGUGGAGGCAUCCUCGACCCAGCCACACGAGAGAGGUUGACGGUUUCAGAAGCCGAGGAUCGCGGUCUGAUCGAUCGUGAUUCCUCCAUGAGGCUUCUGGAGGCUCAGUUGGAGAAUGGAGGAAUCGUUGACCCCAAAACUGGUCAGCUAAUGUCCAUUUCAGAUGCUCAGGAAGCUGGAGUCAUCAGCACAGACAUGGCUCUCUGUCUCCUUAACAGGCAAGAACAGGAUGCUACAGAUGAUAAGGUUCAGGCAGAUGAGGAGGAGAUGGAGGUUGACCAACCACCAGGGACCAUGGCUAGUGUCCAAGUUAGCACGGUUGGCACCAUGGUUGGCACCGACAGCCCACUGCCUAUUCUAGAGCAGCAACUCUUGGGAGGGGGUAUCGUGGACACAGAAACAGGAGACAGACUCCCCACCUUAGCUGCUCUGGACAGAGAAAUCAUUGACGAGGAACUUGCUGUUGAGCUACUGGCAAGGGAGUCCUGUAAUGGAGGCAUCCGUGACCCACAGACCGGUGAAUACUUGUCUGUGAUGGAGGCAGAAAAACGUGGACUUAUCAAUACUGUCAUGGCUCAGAAGGUCCUAGAGGCACAAGCCAGACUGGGAGGUAUCAUAGAUCCACAAACCGAUGAUCGACUUACUGUGCUCCAGGCUUUGGAACGGGGAAUCAUCGACCAGGAGACAGCACAGGGCAUCUUUGAAGAACAAAUUGCAAAUGGAGGGAUUGUUGACCCGAGAACAGGCAAACGUGUGUCUGACAUACAGGCUAUAUCUCAGGGUCUUGUUGACAAGCAAACAGCCCUGGCCCUGCUAGAUGCUCAGGUUGGAACUGGAGGUAUUCUGGACCCUAAAACAGGAGAAAGAAUCUCUGUCAUACAGGCCAAAGAGAGAGGGCUGGUGAACUAUGACACAGCCACGAGCUUGCUGCAGGCUCAAUCUGAGCAGGGGGGAAUCAUCGACGCCCGUACAGGGAGGAGGUUAAACGUCUUCCAGGCAUCUCAGCAAGGUCACCUUGACAAUGACACAACUGCUGUACUAUUGGCCAAGCAGCUGUCAUCAGGGGGACUUAUCCACCCGGACACGGGGGAUGAGAUUUCUCUAGAGGAGGCAGUUGCUAUUGGCCUGAUCCCAGAGGAAGUUGCUGAAAGGCUGGCGCUGAAAGCCCAGGACGUACACCUGAAGGCACAGAUGGACACUGAGCAUGCCGAGCAUGCUGGGAAGGUGUCGGAUCUGUUGGACUGGAUCGCAGGCACGGAGAACGCCCUGAGCGAGAAGCGAUUGGUCCGAGGCGACCUCGCUGAACUCCAGAAACAACUGGCGGAACAGAAGGCCAUAGCUGAUGACAUCACGGGGCACCAGGCGGACGUGGACGCUGCCCUGAAGGCCGGUCGGGAGUUCCUGGCUGCACAGAAGGACAAGCUGAGCGUGGAGCAGGCCAAGGACCUGCAGUACGACCUCAACAACCUGGAGAAGGGCUUCAACAACAUCAAGGAGAAGAACGAAGGCAGGAUAGAGGUCCUGGAGGACAUGCUGGGGGCAAAGGAGAAGGAGAGCGAAAGAAAAGACCGAGUUGCCCAGCAGAAGGCAGAACAGCUGGAAAAGCUGCAGGCCUUGAAGAACUGGCUGGCUGGAGCAGCUGAACAGCUGGACCAGCAAGAGCCAAUCAGCAAUGACCUGCCAACUCUUGAGGAACAGCACGGACAGCAUCAGGAACUAUACAAUGAUAUCGAGGCCCACGCCCAGCAAAUGGCGGACGCAGUUCAGAAGACGCACCGUUUCCUUGACCGCCAGGAGAGCUACCUCGACCAAGAAGAGUACAACGAACUGGACGAAAUGGCGGAGGACCUGAGGGCAGAGUUCAGCGACCUGAAGGCCAGGUCAGACGCCAGGAUGAACCAACUGGACAAGACUCUAGAGGAACAGAGGAAUGAAGAGACUCAGAAGCUUGCUUUGGAAGAGCAGAGCCAGGCUGCCCACGAAAAGAUACAAGAUCUGUUGGAGACUAUUGAACAGUACAGGAGCGACCUCUGUGAUCAAGAGCCUGCACUGCAGGACCUGGAAGAACUCACAGAACAGACUCAGGAACAUGAGAGCCUCCACCAGGAAAUCAGCGGUCAGCAGUCUGAGGUCAUGCUGGCCCUUCAGGAGGCACAGCAGCUCGUCGCCGCACACGGAGACCAGCUGUCACCCAGCGCCAGGCAGAACGUCAUCAAGGGCCAAUCACAGCUCAGGAACAUGUACGACGACCUCUCCGACCAAUCGGAGACCAGGUUGAAACAGAUGCAGUCCUUGUUGGACGAGCUGCAGAAGUUUGAGGCAGAAUGUAAGACCUUUGAUGAUUGGUUGGAAGAAGCAGAAGGAGAGAUGGAGGGAGUGAAAGAAGGGGCCUCCGACCUUGAAGGGCUGAAGGAACAGUUAGAAAAGCAAAAGACAUUGUCAGAAGACGUCCUCGCCCACAAGGGUGACCUGAGGUUCGUGACAAUGGCUGGACAGAGGUUCCUGGACCGAGCUAAGGUGCAUGAAGAGAACUUGCGGAAGUUCCACGCCAAGGUAAAACCAGAGGAACCCUUCAGUCCUGAGGAGGCAAGCCCCACCGUGCAAGACAAACUGGACAACCUGGCCCAGCGCUACCAAAACCUGCACGCACAGUGUGGACAGGAAGGCAAGCAGCUCGGGGAUGCAGUGCACAAACACAAGCAAUACAAAGAGGCUGUGGACAGCCUGUUGCCAUGGUUACAGAGUGCCAAGGAGACAGCUGAUCAGAAGGCAUCUGAGCCUGUAGGGGGAGACCCUGCAUCAAUACAGAAACAGAUUGAUGAUUUGAAGGCCUUCCAGUCAGAAGUCCUGGCACACACUGGCCAGGUGGACCACACCCGGCAGGCUGGCCAUGCCCUGCUGGAGUCUCAGGGUGCCUUAGCUGAUUCUCAAGACGUCAACAAUACCUUAAGUGCAAUAGACGACCAGGUUGCUUCUGUAAACGAGGCCAUCUCCCAGCGUGGAGAUGAACUGCAGGCAGCCCUGAUGCAGUCGCAGAGCCUGCAGGGCAGUCUGGACGGUGUUGUUCGCUGGCUGGACAACACGGAGAAGAAACUGGCCACACAGGGUGCUGUAACGGUCAACAAGGAGGCCUUGGCACAGCAGAUGGCUGACCAUAAGGUGUUAGCUGAUGAUGUCAGCCGUCAGCACGCCACGGUCGCCUCCCUACAGGAGACCUGUGGGAAGGUCCUCGCCUCUGGCUCCCCCACCAUGGGCCCCAACCUGCAGGAGUACCUCGACGACAUCACCGCUCGCUACGCUAAGGUCAAAGGUCAGACCGAAGAGAGGACCGAGGACUUGAACAGGAUAGAAGGAAACUUCACCGAGUUUGAGGAUGAAAGGGCCAAGCUGCAGGAUUGGUUGGCUGUUGCCAUGGAGACCAUGGAGUCCAAGCCUGUCGUACACGGUGACCUGAAGGACUUGGAGGACAAGGUCAAGGAGGUGACCAGUGCCGUGGAAGGCCACAAGGACAGCCUGGAGAACAUGGUGCAGUCUGGGAAUGAGCUGGUGGGAGACGUGAAGACGGGCGACACGUCUUACGUCACUCAGAACAUCGCCAAGACAACACAGGCAUGGGACAACCUCAACAAGCUACUCAAGGACAGAGCUGGCCAGCUUGCAGUGCAGCAGCAGCUGAGUGCAGAGUACACCACUGGUCUGGAGGAGGUGAAGGACUGGCUCAACAACAUGGAGGACAGGGUCGCCAGUCUCCAGCCUGUUCCUGUGGACACUGACAAACUCAAGCAGCUCAUGGAUGAGAUCAUGCCCCUUAUCAAGGAACACAAAAACUUCCGAGCCAAGCUGGACAAGGUGAACGACCUGGGUGCCAAGUUGGGCGUUCCUGCGUACGAUGAGGCAGUCAGUCCCAGCAAACAUCUCACCCCCACCACCUCACCUAAACACAAGGGGAUCACUUCUCCAGGUGUGACCAGCCCUGAUCGUAUGUCCCGCAGUUCCAGCGGCUUUAUCAGCCACAACGGCACUGACCAUGCCGAGACAAACGGUCUCCCGUCCGAAGAAGUGGUUGCCAUGCAGCAGCAGCUGGCCGAUGCCAACUCCCGGUACGACUCCCUCGGGGACGAGCUAGAGAACAGGAAAGCUGACCUACAGGACACCUGUGGUUUGGCCGAGAAGUUCCAGAGGGAGGGAGAGGAGUUGAUAGAAUGGUUGAAAGAUGCCAAGACCAAGGCGGAGUCAUGGGUUCCCACGGCAACCGACCCCAAGACUGUCCAGCAACAGAUUGAACAGCAGAAGGCCCUUCAGCAGGGUCUGUCUGACCACGCCACCCUGAGACAGAGCCUGAAGGACACGGCACAGGCACUGCUGCAGGAGAAACCUGACGCAGAGGGCACCGACAAGGUCAUGGACAAACUCAGGGCCAUGGAUGCUGAGUGGAAACAGCUGGAACAGGACAUGGCCAGCAAACAGCAGCAGCUGGAGGCAGCCAGCGGAAACCUGCAGGAUUUCACAGCAGCGCAGCAGCAGCUGUCCUCCUGGCUUGCUGACAAGGAGAAGAUGGUGGCUGUGCUGGGCCCGCUGGCCAUCGAUGCUGCCAUGCUGAAGAACCAACAGCAGCAAGUCGAGGUCAUUCUGAGUGAGUUUGAGAGCCACAAACCUCAACUAGACCAGCUCAACCAAUCAGGACAAGCCGUCCUUGAUUCCAUGGAUGCAGAUGCUGCCAAAGCUUCCCCCAUUGGCCAACAGAUGGCAGCUGUCAAUCAAAAGUGGGAGGAGCUAACUGGGCAACUGAAGGGCAGAGAGGAUAAGAUAGCUGCUUCCAUGGAAGAGGGUCAGAAGUUCAGUGAUGCCACUAAGGAGCUGUCUGAUUGGCUGCCUGAAGUGACUGACAAGCUGAAUGGCCAAUUACCUGUCAGCUCACAGCCUGAUGUGGUAAAGGAACAAAUGGAGCAAGCCAAGGUGCUGCAGGAGGAGCUGUCCAACAUGCAGCCCAAACUUGAGGAGGCUCAGAAGUCAUGUGAGAAGCUACAGGCCCUGAAUGAUGAUCCUAUGAUGCAGGCAGAAUUGGGAAGAAGACUAGACGCUGUCAAGGGUCCUUUCAACAGAGUGGCUGGCAAAAUUGCUGACAGACAGCAAAAGUUGGAGGCAGCAUUGUUGUCCUCUCAAGAGUUCCAGCAGUCCUUUGACGACCUUCUGAACUGGGUCAAGGACAAGGAACAGCAGCUGGACAGCCAGGAAUCUGUGUCUGCUGACAUGGACAAACUGGACCAGCAGUGGACAGAUAUACAGGAUUUGACCAAAGAACUGAGCACCAAAGACCCAUCAGUGAAGGCAGUGUUGUCUGAAGGCCAGAAACUGCUGAGUGAGACCCGUGGUGCAGACAGGGCAGCCCUGGAAGAUCAGUUGGAGGAGCUGAAGAAGAGAUGGGAGGAUCUCGGCAACCGGGCGGAGUCAAGGAAGGAGAAAGUACAGACCUGUAAGGAAGCUGCGGAGGAAUACGCUCAGCUCCUGGAGGAUCUGUUGCCAUGGCUACACGAGGCAGAGGAACAGCUGGAGGCGAUGAGCCCCGUCAGUGUUCAACUUGAUGAGCUACUGGACCAGAUCACAGAAGUGGAGCUCCUUGAGAAGGAUGGUCAGGAGCACGAGCCAGGUGUGAAGUCGCUCAACUCCGUGUCUGAUGCACUCGUCAACAGCUGUGAAGCAGACGACCAGAGUGUCAUGGACACCACCGCUGACUUCAACUCCAGAUACCAGCAGCUCGGACAAGGUCUGGGAGAGAGGAGACAAUCCCUGGAGGACAUGCUAGGACGUCUGAAGGAGUUUAACGAGGCUGUUCAGGAUGUCCAGGACAAACUCAUCAAGCAGGAGGACAAGCUGGCGGAGCAGGAGACCCUCGGGCCAGAGGCAAGGGACAGCAAACAGUUCCAGAACCUCAAGAAUCUCCAGUCCGAAGUGGCUGAUCUGCAGUCUAAGAUAGACUAUGCCAAGGACUUUGGGGAGGGCGUCCUGGCCGACGCACCUGAGGGGACGGACUCGAGCCUGAUCCGUGGUCCGCUGGAGGCUGCGAAGGAUCGCUGUGAGAAACUGAGCAGUCGGAUCGAAGAGCUGUGCGGAGAGCUGGAGUCAGGAUUACAUGAGCUGAACCAAUUUCAGAACAACCUGCGUGACCUUCAGACCUCCCUUGGUGACCUUGAGGAUGACCUUGACAACAUGGAUUCUGUUGCCAGAGACAUCGAUGCCAUUAAUGCUCAGAUUGAGGAAAUCAAUAACUUCGAUGACAAACUGGGUGAUAAGAAGUCAGAAGCUGAUGCAGCAGUGAAACGAUGUCAGGAACUGAUUGAUUCUGGUACAGCCUCAGAUCCAGAAGACCUCAAGAAACAGCUUGACGCAAUCAACAAAAGACUGGCCAAACUGAACGACAAGGCCGGGGGGAGAAAGACGGACCUCUCCUCCGCCCUCGGCAAGCUGCAGACUUUCUAUGACACCCUGGCUGCACUGCAUGAUGGGAUUGAGAAAGGAGAGCUGGAACAGCAAUCCCAGCCUCCCAUUGGUGGGGAUUUGGCCAACAUCCAACAACUGGACAAGAACUUACAGGAGUAUCAGCAGGCCCACAUCGAGCCCCUCCAGGCACAGGUGGACUCUGUCAACAAGACAGGCCAGGGACUGGUCCAGUCUGCCAGUCCUGGGGUCAACACCAGUGGUCUGGAGGCUGAUCUAGAGGCAGUGAAUGAUAGAUGGAACAGCCUGGCAUCGAAGGUGUCUGAGCGGAAGGCAAAGCUGGACCAAGCACUGUUGCACUCUGGGAAGUUCCAGGAGACCCUAGCGUCACUUCUCGAGUGGCUGUCUGACACAGAAGAACUAGUGGCGAACCAGAGACCACCGUCCUCUGAGUUCAAGGUCAUCAAAGCACAGCUGCAGGAGCAGAAGCUGCUUAAGAGACUAGUAGAUGACAAGAAGCCGACAGUGGACUCCCUGAAGCAGGAGGCGGAGCAGCUGUCCAGCAUCGCUGACCCUGCAGACCGCGAGAAGAUUCAGCAGCAGCUAACGGACCUGUUCCAGCGCUGGGACGCUCUCACCACCAACGCUGCAGACAGAAAACAGAAACUUGAAGACAUCUUGGAGGUUGCCAAGGAGUUCAAGGAUGCGCAUGACCCCCUGGUGGAGUGGUUUGAGGCCACGGAGAGGAAACUGUCAUCUCAGCAGCCAAUCGCAACAGACCCUGCCAAGAUGGAGGAGGACACAACAGAGCAUCAGGCAUUGGCUGAUGAAGUGGCCAAUCAGGAGGCAGCAGUCAAUCAGGUGACCAAAGCUGGCCAAUCAUUGAUGGAGCUUUGCAGUGAUGAUGAACAGGUGUCUGUGAAGGGUCAGGUUGACUCUGCCACGGACCGUUUCAAGGACAUUCAGGAAAAAGUCCGUAGUCGUGGAGACCAACUUGAGCGGGCGAAAGAAAGUCGCCGCCUUUUCGGUGCAAACGCCCUUGCCCUUCUUGCAUGGAUGACGGAAAUGGAGGAGACGCUUGCGAAGUUAGAAGUCAUCGCUGUUGAACCCGUCACGGUGGAGACACAACUGCAAGAACAGACGGCCAUCACCAAAGACAUCACUGACCAUAAGGCAGCUGUGGAAGAGGCAGUAGAAACUGGGAAAUCUCUGCUGACACAAACUACAGAAGGAGAUGAGAUCCUUGUCAUUCAAGAAAAACUGGACAGCAUGAAGGACCGGUAUGCCAACAUCUCCUCCAAGGCCAAUGACAGACAGCAGAGUUUGGAGCAAGCUCUCCCAUUGGCCAAGAAGUUUAAAGAUGCCACUGAGAAGCUGUCUGAUUGGCUAGACAAGGUUGAGGCUGAUAUGGGUACUGCUGAGGAUGCUGCUGGGUCUGAACAACAGCAGGAAAGAUUCAGGGAAUACAAAAAGCAGGUUGAUGAACACAAGCACCUGGUGGCUAACAUGAACGAGGCUGGACCUAAACUGAUGGAGUCGAGUCCCGGAGACGGGGCGCGUUCCGUGGAAGACAAGAUGGCGAACAUCAACCAGCGGUAUGACUCAAUGGUCGCUGCAGUGAGGGAGAAGGUCGAUGAGUUGGAUGCCGCUCUUCAGAAGACACAACUGCUCGGCCACGGAGCUGACCAACAACUGGAGUGGUUAGAGACCCUGGAGAAUCAGCUGGACAACCAGGAACCAAUCAGUGUUGAGCCAGACAAACUCCGCACGCAGCUGAAGGAGCAAAAGGCAAUAAAUGAGGACGUUAUCCGUCACAAGGAGCGUGUGGAAGAGAUCAUCGCAUCAGGACAGACCAUGUUAGACAGCAGUGUGGAUGAGGACAGCUCACAGCUGCAGGACAAGGUUGAUGAGCUCCGGCGUCACUAUGACGAUGCCAGCAAGAGGAGCUCUGAUAGGCUGAGCCAGCUGGAACUUGCCCUCCCAUUGGCCACCCAGUUUGCAGAAGUUCAUGAGGACCUGGUGCCCUGGUUAGAUGAGAUCGAGGCUGAGUUGGAGGCCAUGUCUCCGCCUGCACUGGACGAGGACAUCGUGAAGACACAGCAGGAGGAGAACAGGGCGAGAAGAGAAGCCCUAGCAGAGCACAAGCCUCACAUUGACAAGCUGAACAAGACUGGUCCACUGCUGGCCGAGCUCAGCCCAGGGGAGGGUGCCGAGGCCGUCAACGCCAAACUACGCAGCGACAGCGAGCGGUACACGGCUGUUAAGGAAGCGGUACAGCGGAGGAGCAUCUGGCUGGACGAUGCGCUGUCUCAGGCAACACAGUUCCAUGAGAAGAUGGAUCACACCCUGGAAAAGCUGGAGAAGGUUGCAGACAAGCUGCGCAUGCCGACCCCGAUCUCCGCGGAGACUGACAAGAUCAAGGAACAAAUCUCCGAGAACGAGGCCCUGCGCAGUGAGCUGGAGAAGCACCUGCCAGCGAUCGAGACCCUGCGGGGCAAGGGUGAUGACCUCAUCGGCAAGUCAGCUGGGGUGGACAAAGAUCCGUCAGCCAAAGCCAUCCAGGACAAGCUCGACCAGAUGAACUUCCUGUGGGAAGACAUCGUGUCACGUUCUGAGGAAAGGGACCAGGCCAUGCUGGAGACACAUGACACUGCAGAAAGGUUCUGGGAGGAGCUAGGAAAUGUGCUGAACGUCUUAAAGGAGACGCAAGACUCCAUCAAGGAACUGGAAGAACCCGCCAUACAGCCAGACAUCGUCAGGGAGCAACAAGAAGUCUUACAGGCUAUCAAAGAAGAGAUGGAGAGCACCCAGGAUGAUAUCGAGACAGUUCGCCAGCUGGGUGAGGAUCUCACCUCCCUGUGUGGCGAGCCUGACAAACCUGUCGUCAGCAAGAACGUCGAAGACCUCAAUGCCACCUGGGAUACCCUCAAUGCAUCAUGGGAAGAGAGGGAAGAGGUACUGGAGGAGGCCAUGAGGGUCGCCCUACAGUACCAGGAUGCUUGCAGGCACUGCUGGUGUGGCUGGGGACGGCAGAGGCCAGGCUGGCCACCUUCCCUCCCAUCGGUGCCGACCCAUCCACCAUCAAGAAGCAGAUUGACAACCUCAAGGAGUUCAAGACAGAGGUUGACCCACGCCAGGUGGCUGUAGAGGCCAUGAACAACCAGGGCGAACAGCUGAUGAAGAAAGUCUCGUCCGACGAGGCUCGCCUCAGCAUCCAGGAGCCGCUCCACGACAUGAACAAGCGCUGGGAGGGCCUGCAGAGGAGCAUCGUGGACAGACAGCACAAGCUGGAGGCUGCACUGCUGAAGAUGGGACAGUUUACAGCUGCGAUAGACGAGCUGCUCACAUGGCUGAAGCACACUGAGGCCUCACUGGACGAGGAGAAACCUGUGGCUGGGGACACCAAACUCAUCGAGAUUGAACUGGCUAAACAUAAG